AUGAACCAGGCCAUAACAAAGAUGCAUGUUUUAGAAGAGAUUUGCUCAUUUGUGAAACAAUGGAUCAAACAGAUUACUACGGUCUUAGUACAAAGUACGCAACUACGUCGCGAACCUUCUAAUAUUGGGCCAUUAGCAGAAUUAGACCAUUGGCGCCGACAACUUACUACAUUCACAUCCAUUGUUGAGCAUAUAAAAAGCGAUCCAUGUCAGAUGUAUAUAUUUGCGCUCAUCAAAGCCAAGUCCAAGCUUUUAAAGAAAUGGAAAAAGUUGGACAAUCAAGUGACGGAAUAUUUCAACGAGUCUUCAGACAACGUUCAAUAUUUAUACGCUCUUGAGAGAUAUUGUGAACCUCUGUACAGAUGUGAUCCCCAGACUAUGCAGCAAUACAUACCAGGUUUACUUUACACCAUACGAAUGAUAUAUGCCACAUCCCGGUAUUACAACAAUACUAAGCAAAUAUCUACUCUCUUAGUCAAAGUGACAAAUCAGAUACUGAAUAUGUGCCUGGACUAUCUGACCUACGGUGGGAAGAAGACUAUAUGGAAUCAGGAUAAGUUGAACUUUAUUAAAAAGGCUAAGGUUUGUUUGGAUUUGUACUCUUUCUAUCGUGAUUGCUAUGACGAAACUCAAAACGAGAUGAAGGAAGCUUCUGACGAACGACCUUUCGGUUGUUCUACAAUGUAUAUAUUCGGCAAAUUCGAGACGUUCAAGACAAGGCUGGAGAAGAUAAUAGAUUUAUUCCAAACGUAUAUAACAUAUUAUGUGUUAAAUAAAUCUACAUUGGAAGGUAUUGACGAGCACACAGCAAAUUUUAAUAAAUUUUUUAAACAAAUUUCAACGAAAACGUACGAUGCUUUGGACCAUAGAUGGGCGGGCGCGAAGUCAGGCAUGUAUGGGUUGGAGUGUGGCGUGAGGCAGGGGGGAUUGAGCUCGCCAAGUCUCUUCAACAUAUACAUGAACGGUUUAAUUGUUGAACUCUGCAACACCAGAAUCGGAUGCUCGUUGGAUGGAAAGAUUGUGAAUAAUAUCAGUUACGCGGAUGGUAUGGUGUUGCUGAGUCCUUCAAUAAGCGCGCUAAGAAAACUAGUUGCAAUAUGUGAGCGCUAUGCUGAGAUCCAUGGCUUAAGGUACAAUGCGAUUAAGAGUGAGUUGCUUGUGUUCAAAGCGGGUAGCAAUGGCUUUAAUAACGUCCCUGAAGUUAAGCUGUGUGGCACUCCUCUUAAUAGGGUUACUAAAUUUAAGUACCUUGGGCAUUGGGUCAGUGAGUCCUUGGAGGAUAACACUGACAUUGAGAGAGAGCGUAGGGCAUUAGCAGUGCGGGGUAAUAUGUUGGCCUGUAGGUUCGCAAGGUGUACGGACAACGUAAAGGUAUCUCUUUUUAAAGCUUACUGCCAGACCUUUUAUACCUGCAGCCUAUGGGUCAACUACACUCAGAUAGCUAUCAACUCUCUAAGAGUUAUAUAUAACAAUAUAUUCCGGAUGUUGUUGCGGCUGCCGCGAUUCUGUAGCACGUCAGGAAUGUUCGCCGAUGCUCAUGUAGACGGAUUUGCCGCCAUAAUGAGAAAAAGAGCGGCAUCCUUGAUGCGCAGAAGUGUAAAUAAAUGUCCUACUACGGAAAUUGCUUUACUUUUGCUUAAGAGAGUCGAGAAGUUGAAGUUGGAUUGCCUGUAUCUCGAAGAACAGUAUUACGAUUUAAUUUCCAAAUUUACCUUGGAAAUUGAGAAUAUUCGUGACAGAUAUAACGAAGAAAGAGAGCACCCGGAAUUGCCUCGAAAUAUGCCGCCAGUCGCAGGCAGAAUAUUUUGGAUAAGGUUUUACGAUUGCAACAUUAAGAAACCUAUGGAGGUUUUUAUGAAGCACCGUGAUAUUAUUACACAUAUGAAUACACAGAGAUGCAUUAAACUUUACAACGUCAUGCAAAUAGUUGUUACUGAAUAUGAACUUAUUUAUCAUUCUGCGUGGGCUGAAAAUGUUGGGCAGGUGGUAGACAUGAAAGAAGCACGAAUAGACGCUAUUCUACAGUCGAUGUCUAAAACUUUGUUAGUGUAUUUACCCGAAACAGCUGUAGAACCGAACGUGUUUUAUGAAGAAAAUCUAAUAAGACGCGAUGAAACAGCAAACGAAUUGCAGCAGAAGUCGACCAAUGCCGAAACAGCAGUGAUGGAGCUCAUCAAUAAAUUCUUGGAUAGCGUACCUUCCAAACAAAUAAACGAUUUGAAAAAUGAUUGGCUGGACUUCGAAAAAGCGAAUAAACAAGUUACUUCUUGUACUAAAAUUAUUCCUGAAAAUGCUGCCUUUUUGGAAGUGGUGAACCCCGAUCGCUACGACGUGACACCAACUAUAAACGACUGCAACGAACUCUUUGCUUAUUUCGCCACCAAGUGUUUGGAGGCUCUUACUAAGUGCACGAGACAAAGUUUGGAUAGUCUACGAAAGAGAGCUUCAGUGUCGAGUUUUCUUACUAUGACAAUUGACCCAGAGGAACAACAGAAGUUGAAGCCUUUAAUGCGGACUAGCAUGUAUUUGCAAAUACCAACAAUAUCGAUAAAGCAGACUUUGGAACAGAUUCAGACUGCAUUCACACAAGUAGUUUUAAACUGCAUUAUGGAUACUCAUCGCUACAUUUUCAUGUGGGGUCAGCAGGAUUUAGUCAAGAAAGAGGAUAACUCCAGAUGUUUUUCCUCCAGUGGGAGAUCAAGUAGUUCCGUAGGUGGUGCUAGAAGCUUCUUCCGGUUGGUGUCCGAACACAAAGAAAUUGUUAGAUCGGUGAUGGCAUUGCAAGGAAUAAUGUAUAUGUAUAAGCCUGAUAUUGAAAAAUUAAUUAAGAAUUAUGGACGAUUUUCUCAUCUAUGGGUUGAGGACAGAGUACAACAAGUACAAAACUUCGUAGACUCGAACCCUUUGAAUGUAAUAAUCAGGGAUAUGUUAAAAAAAUAUGAAAAUCAAACAGACGAAGUAAAUAACCUCCCUGCGAGACACAUUAUCGGGUCUAUUGAAAUUAAUAUGGAUAACAUAAAGCUCGCUCUUUUUCUUGAGUCAAUUGAAUGGAAGAGAAUUUUGGGUAAACUGUUAAAUCAGACUUACAAGGAACGAGUAGUGAAAAUGAUGCAGUUCAUCCGAGAUCGCAUGAAGACAAUGGGCAAGAAAAUCAAAGACUUGGAUGAUGUCAGAGUUCAAAUGUUGUGUCUAGAGCUGAUUCGAGAACAAUUUAUCGGAAUGGAUAUGGAGCUUGAUUUAAUUGAAGAGACUUACGCGACAUUUGCUCAUUUUGAUAUUGACGUAUCCAAAGAAGAUGCAGAUAUGGUGUACGGAUUGCGAUAUGCAUUCCAAAAUAUGUUGUUGACUGCGGCACAAGUACAACAAAAAAUAGUAGACAUGCAAGGUCCCUUACAGAAGGAACUGACCGAAGGUGUGGCGACGUUCCAAGACGAUGUACUUAAGUUUGACGCUGACUACAAUGCGUUCGGUCCUAUGACGCCUGGACUUUCAGCUCGGGAGGCUAGUGAUAGGGUUAUCAUGUUUCAAUCCCGUUUCGAUGACCUGUGGAAUCGAUUCGCGAUGUACUCCAACGGUGAAAAACUGUUUGGCAUGGAAGUGAAAGAUUACCCGAUAUUACAUCAGAAAAAAAAGGAAUUCAACUUGUUAAGCAAACUAUACAGUUUGUAUGUAACUGUAAUGAAUUCGAUCGAUGGCUACUUUGAGACACCCUGGGCAGAAUUGAACAUUGAAACUAUUGUCCAGCAGUUGAAUGAAUUCGAUUUGAGGUGCCGUAAGUUGCCUCGUGCAAUGAAAGAUUGGCCCGCAUUCAUUGAUCUGAAGCAGAAAAUCGACGACUUCAACGAGACGUGCCCAUUGCUCGAGUUGAUGGCAGACAAAGCCAUGAAGGAUAGACAUUGGAGGAGAUUAGAGGAGUUAAUGAAUUGCUUGCUGGAUGUGGAAUCGGAGGCAUUUACGUUAGCUAACGUUAUGGAAGCGCCUUUAUUGAAGUAUAAAGAAGACGUUGAGGACAUAUGUAUCAGUGCCGUGAAAGAAAAAGAUAUCGAAGCAAAAUUGAAACAAGUAAUGGCCGACUGGGCUGUAAUAGAUCUAACAUUUACCAACUUUAAAAAUCGCGGCGAGUUACUCAUCAAAGCUGCUGAUACUAUGGAUACUAUAACAUUGCUUGAGGACUCCCUUAUGGUGCUAAAUUCUCUCGCUUCGAAUAGAUACAAUGCUCCCUUUAAAAAGAACAUCCUUCUUUGGAUCUUCAAGCUACAAUCAACAUCCGAAAUUCUAGAGAGAUGGCUGCAAGUGCAAAACUUAUGGAUGUAUCUGGAAGCAGUAUUUGUUGGUGGUGAUAUUGCAAAGCAGUUGCCUGCAGAAGCUAAGCGUUUUGCGACUAUUGACAAGCAGUACGUGAAAAUAAUGUACCGUGCGCGGGAUAUAGUCAAUUGCGUGGAAGUAUGCACAUCAGACGACACAAUGAGACAUUUGUUACCUCACCUGUUUGAACAACUGGAAGCAUGUCAGAAAUCUCUUACUGGAUACUUGGAGUCCAAGCGACUGAUCUUCCCGAGGUUCUUCUUCGUGUCUGAUCCUGUGUUACUUGAAAUUCUUGGACAGGCAUCUGAUCCACGAACCAUUCAGCCUCACCUUCCAAGCAUCUUCGACGCAAUAUAUACAGUGGAAUUCGACGACAAGGACAGAAUUUUCCAGAUGAAUUCGGACAAUGGAGAAUCUAUCCCUAUGGAGCGUCCAGUGGCUUGCAUUGGAGGAGUCGAGAUUUGGCUGAAUGUAUUGCUGGAUACGAUGAAAGAAACUGUGCGAGGCAUGAUCGCUAUUAUCUGUCAAUCUAUGACCGACGACCCUGAGUUCGACUUCAUAAAUCAAUUUUUGAGUUUUUCUGGGCAGGGCAGUUUAUUAGGUAUGCAGAUCUUAUGGACUAGCGAUGCCGAGUACGCUUUGAAGAAAGCGAAAGCCGACCGUUUUAUAAUGCGAAUCACUAAUCAGAAAAAUUUGGACUUAUUGAACGGUCUCAUUGACUGGACCGUAAGGGAUUUAUUUUUCUUGCAUUUAUGCAGAGAUAUCUUUGAUGAUUUGGUGAGGAUGCGAAUUAAAUCUCCCGGUGACUUUGAGUGGCAGAAGCAGGCACGCUUCUAUUACUUCGUGGACAGUGACGACUGCUUGGUAUCUAUAACUGAUGUAGAUUUCUUGUAUCAGAACGAGUAUCUAGGCAUCACAGAACGUCUAGUGAUUACGCCGCUGACUGAUCGUUGUUACAUAACACUAGCACAGGCCAUCGGUAUGAAUAUGGGCGGAGCUCCUGCUGGUCCGGCUGGUACAGGCAAGACUGAGACCACGAAGGAUAUGGGGCGGACGCUGGGCAAGCUCGUCAUUGUGUUCAACUGCUCUGAUCAGAUGGACUUUAGAGGCUUAGGCCGUAUCUACAAAGGUUUAGCGCAAUCUGGCACUUGGGGAUGCUUUGACGAGUUUAACCGUAUCGAGUUGCCCGUGCUAUCUGUAGCCGCGCAACAAAUCUCCAUCUGCCUUACGGCUAGGAGAGAGAAGAAAGAGUCCUUUAUAUUUAGUGACGGAGAUGUAGUGACUCUAAAUCCAGAAUUUGCCUUCAUCAUCACCAUGAAUCCUGGUUACGCCGGGCGACAGGAGUUGCCAGAAAAUCUGAAGAUAAUGUUCCGUUCCGUUGCUAUGAUGGUGCCUGACCGGCAGAUCAUUAUUCGAGUCAAGUUGGCCAGUUGUGGUUUUAAAGAUAAUAUCUUACUGGCCCGUAAAUUUUUCACUCUAUAUAAGCUUUGCGAAGAACAAUUGUCAAAACAGGUGCAUUAUGAUUUCGGUCUCCGUAAUAUUCUGUCAGUAUUAAGAACUAUGGGUGCACAGAAACGUAACAAUCCUGACAGCACAGAAGAGAACAUCAUGAUGAGAGUAUUGAAAGAGAUGAAUGUGUCGAAGUUAGUAGACGAAGACGAGCCGCUGUUCUUAUCUUUGAUUGAAGACUUGUUCCCGGGAAUGAAACUUACUCAGACUCAGCAGAGGGAGAUGCAACGCGCCAUUACUCUAAUCACAGAACGCACGGGUCUCGUCAAUCACCCUGAAUGGAAUUUGAAAAUUAUUCAACUUUACGAGACAUCACUUGUACGCCAUGGGCUGAUGACAAUGGGUCCCACAGGUUCGGGGAAGACAACAUGCAUUCACACAUUGAUGGCUGCUUUGACCGAGAUAGGGAGACCCCACAGAGAAAAUAGAAUGAAUCCCAAGGCCAUAACAGCUCCACAAAUGUUUGGAAGAUUGGACGUGGCGACGAACGACUGGACGGAUGGUAUUUUCUCCACAUUAUGGAGACGAGCUUUAAAAGUCAAGAAAAGUGACACCACUUGGAUUGUAUUAGACGGCCCCGUGGACGCCGUGUGGAUUGAGAAUUUAAACUCUGUGCUUGAUGAUAAUAAGACGUUAACUCUGGCAAACGGCGACCGUAUCACAAUGGCUCAGAACAGCAAGCUUGUGUUCGAGCCGGACAAUGUGGACAACGCAUCACCGGCUACCGUUAGUCGAGUAGGCAUGGUGUUUCUGUCUUCAUCUGUUCUCAAGUGGCAACCUAUAUUGGAAGGAUGGCUUAAAAAGAGAAGUGAUAAAGAAUCCAACUGUUUCCGUAAUAAUUUCAAUAAAAUCUACGAUGAAGUUCAUACUUAUGUUCAACAAAAGCUGCCUGCUAAAAUGAAAAUACUUGAGGCAAUUUAUGUAAGACAGUGCAUCGAUGUGUUAGUGGGUUUGCUACAGAUUGAAGUACCCGGGGGAAAGGUUCAUACCGACCGUCAUAUGGAACGUUUGUUCAUAUUUGCAAUGAUGUGGUCACUCGGUGCUGUACUGGAGUUAGAUGGACGCCUCAAAAUGGCGGAGUUUAUGACAAAGAUACCAGCAAAGCUCGAUUGGCCUGGCGCCAAGGGUAAGCAAGCGGAGUGGACCAUGCCUUUCGACUACACGGUUAAUCCUGCGGGACAGUGGCAACACUGGUCAGAGAACGUAGAUGAUUAUAUUUAUCCGACAGAUUCUGUACCGGAGUAUGCAUCAAUUCUGGUACCGAACAUCGAUAAUGUGUGCACUGUGUUUCUAAUUGACACAAUUGCUAAGCAAAAUAAGGCAGUACUGCUAAUCGGUGAGCAGGGAACUGCUAAAACAGUCAUGUUGAAGAGUUAUAUGCAAAAGUACGAUAACGAAGUGAAAUUGUUCAAAACGAUCAACUUUUCUUCUGCUACAACUCCAAAUAUGUUUCAGAGGAUUAUUGAAUCAUAUGUGGAGAAAAGAGUAGGCAUGACUUACGGUCCACCUAACGGAAGAGCCAUGACUGUUUUUGUAGACGACAUCAACAUGCCUGUUAUUAAUGACUGGGGAGAUCAGGUAACAAACGAAAUUGUACGACAAAUGAUGGAAUGUGGCGGUUUCUACUCUCUAGAGAAACCGGGAGAUUUCACUACUAUUGCAGACAUACAGAUGUUUGGCGCCAUGAUUCAUCCUGGUGGUGGACGCAACGACAUUCCUCCUCGACUUAAGAGACAGUUUAACAUUUUCAAUUGUACUUUGCCAAGCACCAUUUCUAUGGAUAAGAUUUUUGAAACCAUAAGUUCUGGAUACUUUUGCAAGACGCGUUUCGAUAAGAAGAUUGUAGAUUUUAUGCCGAAACUUGUUCCUGUUACGCGGGUUAUUUGGCAACAAACUAAGACAAAGAUGUUGCCAACGCCAGCUAAGUUUCACUACGUGUUUAAUUUACGUGAUUUGUCUCGCAUUUGGGAAGGUAUUCUGUUUAUAAAAAGAGAAGAGUGCACGACUAUCAACACUGCCUUGAAACUGUGGUUUCAUGAGUGCUUGAGAGUGAUUUCUGACAGAUUUACCACAUACGAAGACAAAGCGUGGUUCGAAACAAACUUUUGGACGACUGCGACAGUGGAAUUAUCGGAGUAUGUUAACGACUUCCCAACAGAAGAGACUUACUUUGUUAACUUCCUCCGAGAGCCCGCCGACCCUACAGGUGACGAAGACGAAGAAAUUAGCACCGAUGCUCCGAAAAUUUACGAAGAAAUGCCCUCGUGGGAAGUCAUUCUGACAUUUUUGCUAAAGUUUCAAGACAUAUUCAAUGAACAAGUUCGAGGCGCACAUUUGGAUUUAGUGUUCUUCCACGACGCUAUGGUCCACUUGUUUAUAAUAUCAAGAGUCAUAAAUACACCAAGAGGCAAUGCUUUGCUAGUUGGUGUCGGUGGUUCCGGUAAACAGAGCUUGACAAAACUUGCAUCACACAUCGCCAACUUUACCUUCUACCAGAUUACAUUGACAAGGACUUAUAAUGUCAACAACUUCUGUGAUGACAUAAAAGUACUUUACCGCGUGGCCGGGUUGGAGGGCCAAGGAAUCACGUUCAUAUUCACUGAUAACGAUAUUAAAGAUGAACAGUUCUUAGAGUUCCUUAACAACAUCCUGAGUUCCGGUGAAAUUGCCAAUCUUUUCCCUAAGGAUGAAAUGGAUGAAAUGCUCAAUGAACUGACUCCUAUUAUGAAAAAGUUUGCACCAAGAAGGGUACCUGUACCUGAUGUGUUGUACGAAUACUUCAUUAUUCGAUCGAGGGCUAAUUUGCAUGUUGUUCUGUGUUUUUCGCCGGUCGGUGAGAAGUUCCGCAGCAGAGCGUUAAAAUUCCCCGGUCUCAUUUCCGGCUCGACUAUGGAUUGGUUCCAGAAAUGGCCAAAAGAGGCGCUAAUCGAAGUAGCACACCAUUUCCUUUGGGAAUAUCAUGUUGUAUGUUCUAUAGAAACAAAAAUGCAAGUAAUAGAAAUGAUGGGCUCUGUCCAAGACAAUGUGGCAGAAGCGUGUGUUAGCUACUACGAUCGAUUUAGGAGGCAGGCACAUGUCACCCCUAAGUCAUAUCUUUGCUUCUUGGAAGGUUACAAAUCUUUGUACAAAGAUAAACAUUUAAAUAUCGCCGAAAUGGCCAGAAGAAUGACAACUGGUUUAGAUAAACUUAUAGAGGCUGGCGCUAGCGUUGACAUAUUGAAGAAGGAAUUAGAAAUCAAAGAACAGGAGAUCAAAGUGGCUACUGAAAAAGCUGAUGAGGUAUUAGCGGCUGUAGCAGAAUCUCAAGCGGCAGCCGAAAUAGUGAAGGGAGAAGUGCUGGAAGUAAAGGAACGGGCCGUAGCCCUCGUCAGUGUUAUUGCGGCGGAAACCGCAGUUGCUGAGGAUAAACUCGCGGCUGCUAAACCGGCUCUAGACGCCGCUGAGGCUGCUUUGCAGACUAUCAAUGCUGCUGAUAUUGCAACAGUGAGAAAAUUAGGUAAACCACCGUUUUUGAUCACUCUCAUUAUGGACGCUGUAAUCAUCUUGUUCAGAAAGAAAAUAGAUCCUAUCAAGCCGGAUCCAGAAAAAAAUUUCCUGACAGCAUCGUGGGCUGAAUCGUUGAAGGUUAUGGCCGAUGCAAGAUUCUUGAGCAACUUGAAAAAUUAUCCUAAAGACGAAAUCAAUGCUGAAAUGGUUGAUUUGUUACAACCUUAUUUUAAUUUUCCUCAAUAUACGUUUGAGGCAGCAAAAGUAGCUUGCGGUAACGUUGCCGGCCUGAUUUCAUGGACUAUUGCUAUGGCACAAUUCUAUGCUGUCAAUAAAGACGUAUUACCUUUGAAGGCAAACUUGGCUAUCAUGCAAGGCAAAUAUCAAAGUGCUAAAAAGGAACUAGACGCUGCGGAAGCAUUGUUGGCAGCAAAAGAGCGUGAAUUAGCUCAUGUACAAAAGCAGUUCGAUGACGCCAUGACUCUGCAAAAAGCUGUAUUGGACGACGCGGCUAAAUGCCAGCAAAAGAUGGACGCUGCGACAGCCCUAAUUAACGGUUUGAGCGGGGAAAGAAUACGAUGGACCGAACAGUCGGCACUGUUCAUGUCUGAGAUAGACCGGCUUGUCGGUGAUAUUUUAAUUUUGAUCGGUUUUUUGUCUUAUGCUGGGCCUUUUAACCAAGAAUUUCGCACCAUGUUGUUGGGUACUUGGAUGAGCGACUUAUCAAAGAGACAUAUACCCGUAUCUAUGAGUUUGAAUAUUACGGAACAACUUACGGAUACUGCUACGAUUGGCGAGUGGAACUUAUGCGGGCUGCCGACUGACGAGUUGUCCAUUCAGAACGGCAUCAUUGUAACGAAGGCAGCGCGGUUCCCGUUGCUUAUAGAUCCUCAGACACAGGGCAAGAAUUGGAUUAAGAAUAUGGAGAAAAACAAUGAUCUUAUCGUCACUACACUCAAUCAUAAGUACUUCAGAAACCACAUAGAAGACUGUGUGUCUCUAGGCAGACCAAUGUUGAUAGAAGAUGUCUCUGAAGAACUUGAUCCAGUACUUGAUAAUGUUUUGGAAAAAAACUACAUCAAGAUCGGAUCUUCCUUCAAAGUAAAAUUGGGAGAUAAGGAAAUUGACGUAACUGAAGGGCACAAAAUAUAUAUAACAACGAAGUUGCCAAAUCCCGCUUACACUCCUGAGAUAUCGGCGCGUACAUCUAUUAUUGACUUCACUGUCACUAUGCAAGGUCUGGAGGAUCAAUUGCUAGGUCGCGUAAUUAUGACUGAAAAAUCGGAACUGGAAAGUGAACGUACACAGUUGAUCAUGGAGGUGACAGCGAACAGACGUAAGAUGCAGGAGUUAGAAGCAAAUCUGCUGCACAAACUGACUACUAUUCAAGGGUCGCUGGUUGAGGACGUUUCUUUGAUUCAAGUGCUCAACAUCACUAAAGCUACUGCUACAGACGUGAGAGAAAAACUAGACAUUGCAAAAGAGACAGAAAUAAAGAUCAACGCUGCACGCGAAGAAUUCCGCCCUGUCGCUACGCGCGGUUCUGUCCUUUACUUCUUAGUGUGCAAUAUGUCUCUUGUGUGCAAUAUGUAUCAAACCUCUCUGGCGCAGUUCUUGGAACGAUUCGAUAUUUCUAUGGAGAGGUCCACGCCGAGUCCCAUUACUACCAGAAGGAUCGCUUCCAUUAUUGAGUACUUGACAUUUGAUGUGUUCAAAUUCAUAUCUCGAGGUUUUUACGAGAAACACAAAUAUGUAUUUACGCUAUUGUUGACGCUUAAAAUUGAUUUGCAAAAGGAAUACAUAACUUUCGACGAGUUCCAGACUUUUAUUAAAGGUGGCGCUGCUUUAGAUCUUAACGCAUGCCCUCCCAAACCGCAUAAGUGGAUCACAGACAUGUCCUGGCUUAAUUUAGUGCAAUUGUCCACGCUGCGUACAUACACCAACAUCAUCGACCAAGUGACUAAUAAUGAGAAAGGGUGGAAGAAUUGGUUUGACAAAGAAGCACCGGAAGACGAACCGUUGCCAGAUGGUUAUCAUUCAUUAGACGUAUUCCGAAAGCUGCUGGUUGUUCGUGCUUGGUGUCCGGAUAGAACAUUAGCGCAGAGUUUGAAAUACAUUAUUCAGUCUAUGGGUGCCAGAUAUUCUGAAGCUGUUAUUGUUAAUUACGAGCACAUGGUGUUGGAAUGUCGUCCUUUGGUACCUCUGAUUGGGUUCUUGGCUAUGGGCUCCGAUCCAACGCCGUCCAUAGAAAUUACUGCCAAGAGAAUGGAAUGCACCUGUUCUGCUAUUUCUAUGGGACAGGGUCAAGAAGUACACGCUAGGAAGCUUAUAUCACGUGCUCUUAAAGAAGGUCUAUGGGUGCUUCUACAAAACUGCCACUUAGGUUUAGAAUAUAUGGUGGAGAUUAUGGAACAGUUCUCUGAGUUAGAGAAGGACCCGGAACAAAUUCAUGAGACGUUUAGAUUGUGGAUCACGACAGAAGUUCAUCCAAAGUUUCCUAUUACAUUAUUGCAGAUGUCUAUUAAGUAUACUUGUGAACCUCCUUCAGGGAUCAAAGCUGGUCUAAUGAGGACAUAUGACUCCAUGAGUCAGGACUUCUUAGACUACAGCGAUAGUCCGAUGUACUUACCCCUGAUAUUCACCAUCUCCUUUCUUCACACCGUCGUGCAAGAGCGACGCAAAUUCGGUCCGCUCGGGUGGAAUAUCCCGUAUGAAUUUAACUCGGCGGACUGGCUAGCGUCUUGUAUGUUCGUACAAAACCAUUUGGAAUAUUUAGAGCCAGGACAGUCUAUUAGCUGGACUACAGUGCGUUACAUGGUAUCUGCUGUACAAUACGGUGGCAGAGUAACAGACGAUUAUGACAACCGUUUACUUGUCUGCUUCACUCGCGUGUGGCUCACAGACCAGUUGUUUCGAGAUGACUUCGAGUUCUAUAGAGGUUAUGGCAUUAUGAAAUUUAAAAAUAUACCUGAAUAUAUCGAGGAAAUAGACAAAAUGAAGACCACCGAUCCUCCUCAAGCUUAUGGACUGCACACUAAUGCUGAUAUUACAUAUCAGCGCAGUAGGACUCAAGAUAUGUUGGAUACGAUCCUUUCGAUCCAGCCAAAGGAAUCUGGUGGUGGCGGAGGUGAGACUCGAGAGGCCUCCGUAUACAGGCAGUCAAAGGAAAUGCUCGAUAAAUUGCCAUCUAAUUUCGAUCCUGUGGAGGUCAAGGAGAGACUAAGAUUUUACGGUCAAUUUCAUCCAAUGGUGAUUUUCUUACGACAAGAACUCGACCGCAUGCAAAAAGUUAUUUCUCUGGUGCGGAUGACAUUAAAAGAUCUGCUCCUAGCCAUUGAUGGUACCAUUAUUAUGAAUGAAGCUCUUCGAGAUUCGUUGGACUGCAUCUACGAUGCUCGAGUGCCGGCGUUGUGGCUAAAACCAUCGUGGUCUUCGUCUACUCUUGGGUUCUGGUUCACCGAGUUACUGGAGAGGCACAUUCAGUUCAAUUUCUGGAUCUUCACCAUGCGACCUAACUCGUUCUGGAUGACUGGUUUCUUUAAUCCUCAAGGUUUUCUGACGGCUAUGCGACAAGAAGUCACUCGAGCCCACAAAGGAUGGGCACUGGACAUGGUUUCUUUACACAAUGACGCCACCAAGUUCCUUUUGGACGAAAUUAAAGCUCCUCCACCGGAAGGUGUAUUUGUUCACGGCAUGUUCCUGGAUGGCGCAGGUUGGGAUCGACGUAACCUGCGACUCUGUGAGUCCACUCUUAAAGUGCUGUACACGGCGCUGCCCGUCGUUCACGUAUACGCUAUCAACUCCACAGCUCCUAAGGACCCUAAACUAUAUCAGUGUCCAGUGUACAAAAAGCCCUGUCGCACGGGUUUGACGUUCAUCACACCUCUUUGGCUGCCUACCAUCAAGAAUCCGGACCACUGGAUUCUCAGAGGAGUGGCUAUACUCUGUGACAUCAAGUAAAUGUCGCAAAGCAUUUGGUGUUUGACGGAGUAGUCACGUGGCCAUUUUACCAAUUAUUUUAUUCCU